AUGUCGUCGGGGUGUGGGACUUGGGCAGGAAGAAUGUGGAGAGAAGUGAACGCAGUGACACAGAAUGGAGACCUGUGGCCUGGGUGGCGGACGAGGAGGGAGAAGCGGGAUGCGUUCGUUGGGACAGGAGCAGCCAAGGGGUGGGUCGGGAAGAGUCUUCCUGGUCUGGGAUGGGAAUUUGCAAACACACAGGAGGCAGUUUUGGCGAACGCCAGCCGGUUGCCGGAACACUUGGCAGUCUCCGUCGUGGAGGGACUGACUUUCGGCCAAGGAGAGGACAUGUUUACUGCAGGCUGACCGCCACCCCUUGCCUACUAACCCUGGGGACUUCUAAUUCUGGCUUGACCCCCCAGCUCACCGGGUGAGCUCAGGCGGACCAUUUGGAUCCAGACGAAUGCCUCGGGCCACUUGGCUGUAGUUCACUCGUUGUCUGGGAUACUUGGUUGAUGAAUAAUAAGCCUGAGAUAGGAGAGGCUCAUCUCCCAGAAAAGUCCUCCAGUCGACAAAGAGGAACCUUUCCACCACUAGCAAAGAGGAGUGGUGGAUGAGGCCCUUUGCAGACCCCAGGCCGGUGGGGAGGCCCAGACAGACACCGGGUCCUCCGCAGCCAAAGGGAAAUGGCAGAAGUGUGAUGGUCCCUGAGUACAGGUGUGGGACAGGUGACCCCCAAGGGUCUAUAGAAAGUGACCCCAGGGGAGAGGAGCGGUCAGUUAAGACUCAGUGAGUGCUGGGGACAAGGGGACGUACAGUGAAAAGUCCGGCUUUUUGUUGUCAGUGGGGUCUCCGUGGUCCAGGAGACAAUGGAAAGGGAGCCUUUACUGGUCUGUGGAACAUUCCUGAAUGUACAUAAUUCUCGAGGCCAAAUUUCAAGUGGUACAGAAGUUUAGAGAGUCAAAUCGACAAUCCCCCCUCCGUCCCCUCUGCCCAAAGUUUUAUACUUAUCGCAGAUCUUUUUUUCUGUGGCUUUUGUGCACAUGUAUUUGCAUAUAAAGACACACCCACCUUUUGCUCCUGUUUUACGUAAAUGAUAUUAUGGGACGCAAAUGAGAUUAUGCGACGCGUAUGCACAGGCACGUCGCCUUCACUUGGGCUACCUUGUAACUUUCCAUGUUCCUAAAGGAGGGUCCCUUUCGUUUUUCUUAGAGCUAUGUUAUAUUUCAGAAGGUGGACGCUUUGACAAACCAGUCCCUGCUGAUGGAUAUCCACGCUGUCUCCAAUUUUUUCGCUAACAAAUAGUGCUUCAGUAAACAUGCUUGCUUGUGCAGUUGGGGACUCCUGAAUCUUUCGAGAGGAGCAACGUGUGAACCUAGGUGUCGAAGUGGGUCUCACCCUCCGGCCUCGGGGCUCUGAGUCCGCAGGGAGGCGGGCAGUGCGCAGGUUUGACUGACCCUGGGAGUUUUUCCCAAGCUCUGGCCCCACGCUGGCGGGAAAGGACUUGCUGGUUUGUGCAAAGCAGAAGGUGACUGGUCCCGGUGGGAUGAGGGGUCUCCUGCAGGUCCGGGUGUCAUCAGACCUCCGCUGCCUCCCAGCACAGAGAGACCAGAGACUGGCUCAGAGGCCUGAUACUUAGACGAGGAGCACAAAUCCUCCGGGGUUCAUGCGGAAUGCAGUCUGUCUGUCUGUGUACCGGCCGAGGUGACCUCCAGCUUUUGCUGGAGGGCAGCUGAGGAGCUGGUGUGGGCCACGCUGGGCGUUAAAGUGGCCCCUGUAGUUCAUCAGCACCCCCCCCCCCCGGCCCUCUCCACCCUCAGAUUUUGCCGGGAGCUUUGUCAUCAGGCCUUGCAGCAGACAGCAUUUGACAGAAAAUGCAGACUGUCUUUGUCAGAUCAUAUUCUCUUCUGGAAAUGGCCCUUGAUUGUUUCCAAAGCCAAAUGCACGGAAGAUACCGGCAUGACAAGAGGCUAAGCUGUGGCCGUUUGCUUCCUGCCCUCAGCACCAUGGAUCUGCACCUCUUUGACUACUCGGAACCGGGGAACUUCUCCGACGUCAGCUGGCCGUGCAACGGCAGCGACUGCAUCGUCGUGGACACGGUGCUGUGCCCCCACAUGCCCAACAAAAGCCUUCUGCUGUACACGCUGGCCUUCGUUCACAUCUUCAUCUUCGUGAUCGGCAUGAUCGCCAACUCCGUGGUGGUCUGGGUCACCAUCCAGGCCAAGACCACCGGCUACGACACGCACUGCUACAUCCUCAACCUGGCCAUCGCCGACCUGUGGGUGGUGGUCACCAUCCCCGUCUGGGUGGUCAGCCUUGUGCAGCACAACCAGUGGCCCAUGGGGGAGCUCACGUGCAAGAUCACGCACCUCAUCUUCUCCAUCAACCUGUUCGGCAGCAUCUUCUUCCUGACGUGCAUGAGCGUGGACCGCUACCUGUCCCUCACCUACUUCGCCGGCACGUCGAGCCGCAGGAAGAAGGCGGUUCGCCGCACCGUCUGUGUCCUGGUGUGGCUGCUGGCCUUCUGCGUGUCCCUGCCCGACACCUACUACCUGAAGACCGUCACGUCGGCGUCCAACAACGAGACCUACUGCCGCUCCUUCUACCCCGAGCACAGCGUCAAGGAGUGGCUCAUCAGCAUGGAGCUGGUCUCCGUCGUGCUGGGCUUCGCCGUCCCCUCCUGCGUCAUCGCCGUCUUCUACUGCCUGCUGGCCCGAGCCAUCUCGGCGUCCGGUGACCAGGAGAAGCAGACCAGCCGGAAGAUCAUCUUCUCCUACGUGGUGGUCUUCCUCGUGUGCUGGCUCCCCUACCACGUGGUGGUGCUCCUGGACAUCUUCUCCAUCCUCCACUACCUCCCCUUCACCUGCCAGCUGGAGAACUUCCUGUUCACGGCCCUGCACGUCACACAGUGCCUGUCCCUGGUGCACUGCUGCGUCAACCCCGUGCUCUACAGUUUCAUCAACCGUAACUACAGGUACGAGCUGAUGAAGGCCUUCAUCUUUAAGUACUCGGCCAAAACAGGCCUCACCAAACUCAUCGACGCCUCCAGAGUGUCUGAGACGGAGUACUCGGCCUUGGAGCAGAACACCAAGUGACGCGCCCUGCGGGGUCCCGGGGACUGAAGGUGCCCGUUUUCCACGCGGCACCGGGAUGUGUCGUUUCCCGAGCGCGCGGCCAGGUGGCUUCGGGGCCGGGCGCCCGAGUGGCGGGAAGAGGGGAGCGUGUGCCACGGGCCGCCGUGGCGGCUGCCACGCGGCCGUGCGUCCUGGCGGUGUCUCCUCACGCAGGUGUGACCGACCUGUUGGCCCAAGCCUGCCGCGGGGAUGGGCUUGCCUGCACUUGUGUAAAAUAGGACUUUCCGUGCUCCCCGAAGGUUUUCUAUGGCGAUUUGUAUUUAAAUCUUAAGACUUUAUUUUCUCACUAUCGGUGUACCUGAUAAACGUAUUUGAAAGUUUAAAUAUAUUUUAAAUAUCGUACGGGAGGCACAACGCUGACUUGUAUUCAGAGCGUGGUAGUUUGAAGACUAGUUUGACUUCCGUGUUGACUAAGGAUGACAUUAAUUGUUAGCUGGUUUGAAAGGAUAUAUCUAUAAAUAUAUAAGUAUAUAAAUAUACGCCAGUCUUGGCGGAAAGGCUUUAUUUACGAUAGUUUUAUGUCUGUGUGGUGCUUUGGGGUAUGGAACGACAAAACGACUCUGUCAUGCAGUCUGUGAUCUUAUGGGUGUUAUAAAAGUACGUGAAAAAGGCGAAACAAAGCACAGCUGCCCCGGGCUGUGACGCUGUGCACAUAGCGAGCGGUCUUAUUCCAGAAAGUUCUCUCCGUUUG